GCCUCUCAACGCAGCCCAUCUGGCGCAAGCUGUGGGACGACGUGAUGAAAACCAGGCCGCCCAACUCGGAGAAUAUACCCUGUUGGAGGAAGAAGUUCCUUGAAACAUUCUUCUCAAACGUUCUUCACGGUGUCUUGGAUGUUUCCUCUGACUGGCGUCUCAAUGACCAUCACUUUUCGCCGCUGCUCCACAGCUCCCCGCACGUUUCCCAGCUUACCCUCUGCAACAUGCUGCAGGGCGCAGUGGAGCUCACUGCUGAGCACAACCAGAAAGUGCUUGAAAACCUGGCUGGCUCCCUGCGGAUCCUGAAGUUCCAGCACCUCCUCUCCUCUGACCAGUCCAUCAGGCGUUCGCUGGUUUUACUUCUUCACCGGCUAAUUCACCAUGGCUCUGUCAGCCAAGUGUCCAUGUAUUCCUGGCCUGUUCCCGACACGGUUCUUCUUGUUCUCAUUUUGAGCAUGAGUGCUGGGUUUUGGCGCUCAGGAAAUGCCCUCGCAUAUCACAGCAGCCCGUGCGGCCUUUGCAGUGAGGAGGACAAAGCCCAAAGCCAGGAGUCAGCACAAGAGCGAGCAGAGAGGGACCGUUGUGAUGAGAGGGAGUGGAGUGAUGGUGGGAACCAGAAGAGAUCCCCCAGGGCCCUGGAGGAGGCUGAUGUGGACGUGAAUGGAUGCGGGGCUGAUGCUUGCCUGAACUCUGUCCUCUCCGGACUGAGAAGUCCUCCUCUGCGAAACCAAGCAUGUGGUGAGGCAAGCAGCAAGGCACCCUGUGACCACACCAGCAUUCAGGGAGGAUCUUCUCCUCGUUGCAUCUCAGAGCAGCUGUCCUGUCACCCCGUUCUUCGAAAGACACGCAGACGGACAAAAUCUGCAGUGGGGAAGAAACGUCGCUGCCUCAGACGAAGCAGGGGACCAUAUGCUGACCCAGAAGACCUAUAUGAUUUUGUUUUUACUGUUGCUAGAGAGGAUAAUUCAGGGUUACUCAACAAAAACAGCACCACAGAAGGAGAAAACGCUGAGAACUGGACUAGUUCCUCCCCAGGAUCUCUGUGUGCUGGCCAUGCUGGUUGUAAGAAAAGAGGAGGAUCUGCUGGGAUUUUUUCUCUGAAAGCUGCUCGCCGCUUCCGAAGUGUGUCCACGCUGGAAUUGUUUUCCAUUCCUUUGACUGGGGAGACAUGUCGGACUCUGAGUAACCUGCUGAGCUCCUGGGUGUCUUUAGAAAACUUGGUUCUGUCUUACAAUGGCCUGGGUGCUAACAUCUUCUGCAUCCUCUCUGGGCUCCGGGCCCUCUCCCGCCACUCAGACUGCCACCUCCGCGUGGUGCGCGUGAGCGACGUCUUCUCCCACAUGCCCUGCAUGGAGCUUGUUCGCUGCAUCCUGAGCGCCUUUCCCCAGCUCCACACGGUCUCAGUCAGCUUCGACCUCAAAAACCAGCUGGAGGGGAACAGGCCAGGGGGGAAUCCAAGCUGCAGUGAGGCAGAAAUCACAGAGAGCUGCCUGGAGCAGCUGGAGAUCCGAUUCCCUAGGGAACCUCUGCACACUGCCUUCCUGCUGCCAGUGCUCAAGGCGUCGAAGUCCCUCCAGCAGUUGUCCCUUGACAGUGCCACACUACCCUGUUCUCAGGAGCUCGGGCUCCUUUUGGAGGCGCUCAAAGAGUGUAAUCCAGAUUUGAAGAAACUGAGCUUUCACGAUGUGAACCUGGCAGAGCACCAGAAGGAAGUUCUGCUUCUGCUUCAGGAUCCCAUCCUGCAAGAAAUCACGUUUUCCUUCUGCCGGCUGUUUGAAAGCUCUACUACUGAGUUUUUGUCGGAAAUAAUCAAUACAGUGAAAAGAAAUUCAUCUUUGAAGAGCCUCAAACUGCCUGGGAAUCGCCUUGGGAAUCACAGGCUGGUUGCUCUUGCAGACAUUUUCUCUGAAGAUUCCUCCUCUUCUCUUUGCCAGCUGGAUGUCAGCUCAAAUUGCAUCAAACCUGAUGGGCUCCUAGAGUUCACAAAGAAGCUGGAAGGCCACAUCCAGCAGAGAGGGGGACAGAUUCAAUUCACACACCUCCGCCUCUUCCAAAAUUGGCUGGACCAGGACGCUGAAACAGCUCAAGAAGCGCUUCGGCGUCUCAAAGCUGUGUGCAGUGUGGUCAACGACUCAUGGGACUCCUCCCAGGCCUUUGCUGACUAUAUCAGUGUCAUGUGA